AUGUUAAUUGAUGAACUUGUUUCAGUUCCAAAGAACUACCAAUUCCUCUUAGCACUGGUAUUUGCGGUUGCAGAGAUCAAUGAAAAUCCUGCUAUCUUACCAAAUGCUUCAUUGGGCUUCCACAUCCUCAACAGCUACUACCUUACAAAGAUUACAUAUAAAGCUACACUGAAUCUACUUUCCACACAGCAGAGGUUCCUCCCUAACUUCAACUGUGAUAUCAAAAAUCAUCCUAUCGCUGUCAUUGGAGGGCAUGUCUGUGAAACAUCAAUCGAUAUAGCCACCAUUUUAAGCAUCUACAACAUUCCACAGUUCACUUUUGGAUCCUUUAGCCAAGUGCAGGGGAGAGGGAUGCUCUUCCCUUCCUUGUACCAGAUGGUCCCAGAUGAAGUCUAUCAGUACAAAGGAGUAGUACGUUUACUUCAACAUUUCAGAUGGACUUGGAUUGGGCUUGUGGCUACGGAUGAUGACAAUGGGGACCAGUUUUUGCAGACGGUGGUGCCUUUGCUAGCGCAGAAUAGGAUCUGUUAUUCCUUCAUUUUAAAAACACCAAACAGGACUUUUAUGGAUUAUUUUAUAAAUCUGCUUCUCAAAUUUCAGACGCAGUACCCAAUUCUCACAGAGAGCAAAGCUAAUGCAUACUUUGUGUAUGGGACACCUCCAACCCUGCACCUUCUCAAUAUGUUGCUCUCUGCAGCAGAAAAAGUUUCUGCACCACUGCCUGGUAAAGUUUGGAUUGUUACCUCCCACUGGGAUUUUGAAUCACUGUCCGUUCAAGCCGUUUGGCCUAUAGAAACCUUCCAUGGUGCCUUAUCCUUUGCAGUUCACUCCAAUCAGCCACCUGGAUUCCAAAAAUUCCUUGAGAUCAUAAGACCUUCCUGGGUUGGUGGAGAUGGUUUUAUUCAGGACUUCUGGGAGCAGGCAUUCAGCUGUUCAAUGAAAAUGUCUAAUGAGCACGAGGAAAGUAAGACCAUAUGCACUGGAGAGGAGAAGCUGGAGUCCCUUCCUGGGGUUUUGUUUGAAAUGACUAUGACAGGUCACAGCUACAAUGUCUACAAUGCUGUCUAUGCUGUGGCACAUGCACUGCACAAUAUCCGUAUUGCCACCUCCAAGCAUAGAAGAUUGUUAGGAGGAGCGAGGCAGGAGAUUCACAUUAUACAACCAUGGCAGCUGCAUCACUUCCUAAGGAACAUUUAUUUCAACAACAGUGCUGGAGACAUCAUACAUUUUAAUGAAAAUGGAGAAUUGGUGGAAGGUUUUGAUGUUAUCAACUGGGUAACUUUCCCCAAUGGAUCUCUGAUUAGAUUAAAAGUGGGAGGGCUGGAUCCUGAGGCGCCUCAAGGCCAAGAGUUAACCCUUAGUGACGAUCACAUUGUGUGGCACAGACACUUUAACCAGGUGCUGCCCCUUUCCUUAUGCAGUGACAACUGCCGUCCUGGCUACAGCAAGAAGAAAAGAGAAGGAGAGAAAUUUUGCUGCUAUGAUUGUGUUCCAUGUCCGGAAAGGAUGGUCUCUGAACAGAAUGACAUGGAUGCCUGCAACAAAUGUCCAGAAGACUUCUACCCCAGCUACCGUCAAGAUCAAUGCAAUCCUAAAGUUGUAAGCUACCUCUCGUAUAAAGAAUCAUUAGGGACCAUUUUAGCUAUAUUGGCUAUUUGUUUUGCCAUGGUCACAGCUUUUGUGCUGCAAACCUUUAUGAAGCACCAGAACACUCCCAUUGUCAAAGCCAACAACCGGAGCCUGAGCUACAUUCUCCUCAUUGCCCUCCUGCUUUGUUUCCUCUGCUCCUUGCUGUUCAUUGGGCAACCUGGAAAGAUGACCUGCCUUCUCCAACAGACAAGUUUUGGAAUCACCUUCUGCGUGGCCCUCUCCAGUGUGUUGGCCAAAACAAUCACUGUGGUACUGGCAUUCAUGGCUACCAAGCCAGGAUCUAUGAUGAGGAAAUGGAUGGGGGAAAGACUGGCACAUUCUAUUGUCUUUUCAUGCUCCCUUAUUCAAACGUGUAUUUGUACUUUUUGGCUAAAUACUUCCCCUCCAUUCCCAGAUAAGGACAUGCACUCACUGAAUGAGAAAAUCAUUAUGAAAUGUAAUGAGGGUUCAGCUGCCAUGUUUUACUGUGUCAUGAUCUAUUUGGGAUUCCUUGCCAUUAUCAGCUUGACUGUAGCUUUCUUUGCCCGGAAAUUACCUGACAGUUUCAAUGAAGCCAAGUUUAUCACCUUCAGCAUGUUGGUCUUUUGCAGUGUUUGGCUGUCCUUCGUGCCAACGUACCUGAGCACCAAAGGGAAAUCCAUGGUGGCUGUAGAGAUCUUCUCCAUCUUAGCCUCCACUACUGGCUUAUUGGGAUUCAUAUUUUUCCCUAAAUGCUACAUCAUUAUUCUAAGGCCUGAGAUGAACAAAAAGGAGCAACUAUUAAAGCAGAAAAAAUGA